CAGCGGCGAACAGCACCGCAGUACCGCACAUUUUCCCGUCAUCAUUCGCAUUUCUCACAACCAACGUAGCAUCGGUCGUCGUUGUUUGCCCCCGCGUAGGUAAUACCCGUCAGAUCAGAAAAGUUUUUUUUAAUUCCUAGUUUUCGGGAUUUUAAAAUUUUACACACCCCACGUCGAAUCACCACAGCCAUCCAGCACUCGCCGAAUCGAAUCGACGACAUGAUCCUUCACGUAGCGUUCGCAGCGUUCCUGUUGGUCAAUUCGGCGAUCGCCGACGCCGGUGUCCAGGAACAGGUGGCCGUCGAGUCCGACGAAGGCGUGCUCGUGUUGACCAAAGACAACUUCCAAAGUAUUGUCUCGUCGUCCGAAUACCUGCUCGUCAAAUUCUAUGCACCAUGGUGUGGUCACUGUAAACAAUUAGCACCAGAAUAUGCAAAUGCAGCUCAACACUUAGCCCAAAAUGAGUUAUCAGUUAAAUUGGGAAAAGUAGAUGCCACUAUUGAAAGUGACUUAGCUGAACAGUUUGGAAUUCGUGGGUAUCCAACUUUGAAGUUCUUUAAAAAUGGAAAACCAAUUGAUUACUCAGGUGGCCGAACCAAGGAUGAAAUUAUUCAAUGGGUAUUGAAGAAAUCUGGACCUGCUGCGAAAGUUUUGCAAUCAGAAGAAGAAUUUAAAUCUUUCAUYGAAGGAAAACACGUUUCUAUUGUUGGUUAUUUCGAAAAUGUAGAAUCAGAUGCAGCAAAAUUAUUUGCAGAGCUGGCAGAUGCUGUUGAUGAUCAUCCAUUUGGUCUUGUAUCAGAUUAUUCCAAAUUCUCCAAUUUAGAACACAAAGAUACGUUUGUUUUAUAUAAAAAUUUUGACGAAAAGAAAGUUCCAUUCGAUCAAGAUAUCACCGAUAUUGAAGACAUCAAGAAAUUUAUUUUUGUUCAUUCGUUGCCACCCGUUAUUGAGUUUAACCAAGAAACUGCUCAAAAAAUAUUUGGUGGUCAAAUUAAGAGUCAUUUGUUACUCUUCUUAUCUAAAAAAGAAGGACAUUUUGAAAAAUUUUUGGAUGGAAUUAAACCUGUUGCACUUGACUUUAGAGGAAAAAUUGUUUUUGUUACUAUUAAUACUGAUGAAGAAGAACAUCAAAGGAUUUUGGAGUUCUUUGGAAUGAAAAAGAAUGAAGUUCCAAGCAUGAGGGCAAUCAAACUUGAAGAUGAUAUGACCAAAUUUAAACCUGAAUCUCCUGAAUUAACUGGAGAGAAUGUGAAGAAAUUCGUUUCUGAUUUUGUCGAAGGAAAAGUUAAGCAACAUCUGCUCUCUGAAGAAUUACCUGAAGAUUGGAACAAAACUCCAGUCUGGACUUUGACCGCUACUAACUUUGAUAGUGUAGCUUUAGAUUCAACUAAGAAUGUACUUGUUGAAUUUUAUGCUCCAUGGUGUGGACAUUGUAAACARCUUGCACCAAUUUUUGAUAAAGUCGGAGAAUAUUUCGCUGAUAAAGAUGAUGUUGUCAUAGCAAAAAUGGAUGCUACAGUUAAUGAACUCGAGCAUACUAAAAUUUCCAGUUUCCCUACACUAACUUUCUAUCCAAAGGGAGACAGUCCAAAAGCCAUUGAAUAUAAUGGAGAU